UAAUUUUCUUCUCCUCUAUUCUUGGAAAUGUACCAAAAAAAUUUAAUGUGUUAGAAUAUAACCAUGGCAAUUCUGGACCUUUUUUUUUGGUUGGUUGUUGAUUUGAAUUUUCAUUUCACUCAUUAGUUUUCCUAACUUGCAGGAUUGUAUAGAUUUUUCGUGUUUGUUUUCUUCCGUUAAGGGACAUUGGGUUAACAGUUAUGCUAAUGUGUGGAGAUGGGACGGUGUUUGUUUCCCCAAACUCAGAACCAAGAUAAGGGAUGGCUGAUCGCACGAAACCAAUGGCAGGCCCCAAUUCUCAUCUUGAGAUGGGAUCUUUAGACGGAAGAUCGGUGCUUGAGUUUGAGGAUGAAAGUCUAUUCAGCCCAAGAACAAUGUCUAUCAAGAAUUCAUCGCUUGAUGCUGCUCCUCACAGAUCUUUCUAUGAAGCAGAAGAAUUUGGUUGUAAAUGUAUCUUCAGUAGGACAUUUAACAGCAUUAGAAGGGUUAUGUUCUCUGACAAGUUAAAUUUGCUUGUUCCUUGCGGUCCUUUAGCAAUAAUAGUUGAUACGUGGACUAGCCAUCAUGUUUGGGUUUUUUUCUUGAGCUUACUAGGCAUCAUACCACUGGCUGAGCGACUAGGUUGGGCAACAGAGCAGCUUGCUUGUUUUACAGGACCUACAGUUGGAGGUCUUUUAAAUGCUACCUUUGGAAAUGCAACAGAGCUGAUAAUAUCAAUGUAUGCACUCAAUAAUGGAAUGAUACGUGUGGUUCAGCAAUCUCUAUUGGGCUCAAUUUUGUCAAACAUGUUGCUUGUACUUGGAUGCGCAUUUUUUGGUGGAGGAAUUGUUCAUUCUCAUAAGGAGCAGUUGUUUAACAAGGCCAAUGCAGCUCUCAAUUCCGGGUUGCUGUUGAUGGCAGUUAUGGGACUGUUAUUUCCUGCUGUCCUCCAUUUUACACACACAGAAUUACAUUUUGGGAAAUCAGAGUUGGCUCUUUCAAGAUUUAGUAGCUGUGUGAUGCUUGUAGCAUAUGCUGCUUAUCUUUUUUUCCAGCUGACUAGCCAAAAGAAUUUGUAUUCUCCAGUUAAUGAGGGAGAUCAGACUGAUGGCAGUUCAGAGGAGGAAGAAACUCCUGAGAUGUCAAAGUGGGAGUCAAUUAUCUGGCUCGCAAUUUUGACUAUAUGCAUAUCAGUCCUCUCCGAGUACCUAGUUAAUGCAAUAGAGGGCGCAUCUGUUUCAAUGAACAUUCCUGUGGCCUUUAUUAGUGUCAUCCUACUCCCCAUUGUUGGAAAUGCAGCUGAACAUGCUGGAGCUGUGAUGUUUGCUGUGAAAGACAAACUUGACAUCUCACUUGGUGUAGCAAUAGGUUCAUCAACACAGAUUUCAAUGUUUGCAAUCCCUUUUUGUGUAAUAGUUGGUUGGAUAAUAGGCCGUCCAAUGGAUUUGAAUUUUCAACUUUUUGAGACUGCUGUACUUUUCAUGACUGUUCUUGUAGUGGCUGUUAUGCUCCAGGAGGGAACAUCUAAUUAUUUCAAGGGCUUCAUGCUCCUUCUAUGCUACCUCAUAGUUGCAGCGAGUUUCUUCGUACAUCUAGAUCCCAAAUCCAUACGGUAUAAAAGGGAUGCGCGAUAUACUAGGCUGAAGCUUACAGACUUACAAACAUCCACUAUAUUCGACCUAAAAGUCUCAUCAGUACAUUCCAUUUGCCUCUCGAUUUCUCAAUUUUGAUUGUUACUGAUCUCAAAUAUUUAUAUGCUCACUCGAAGAAGUUCACAACCACUCGAGUCAUGCUUAUAUCAGAUGACCAGUGAUGAGACCUUUUCUGUUUUGCAUUCAGCCAACAGUUCCCUGCUAUACUGUUCAGGAGGUUGAGCGCGAUUAAAAGUGUUCAUUUGUGAUGUAUGAUUGAAAAUAAAUGUUACUUUGCAAUCACAAACUUAAACCCAAAGAGAUAUGAUUCUCCAAUAUAUUUGGCUGGAGGUUUGCGUGAUAAAAUCUGCUCAUUCAUGAUGUAUGACUAAACGUAAAUUUUUUUAUUUUUUUUUUACAGAGGACAAGCCUAAAUCAGAAGGUACGUGAUUCAUGAAGUCCAAGAACUACGUAAUGGAAUCCACGCGUUGCAGAUCAGAGAAUCUAAAACUUGUCGAUGAGAAAGUGGAUCCUCAUACGCUGAUCAUGCAGCAUGAUGCUCCAGUACUUCACCUUAUAUUAGUGAUGGUGAAACCAUUCUUAGCUCUCGAAUCCUGACUCCAUUCGACAAGAUUGUACUUCUUGUGAUAUAGAAGAAUGCUGAUUGUAGAUGAGUUAUAUACAUGGUUAGAAUCUUAGAAGUGACCAAUAUGGGAUGUAUUGUGAAAAUUAUGCAUUUAACUACACGGCUGUCUUAUACCUAAACAACAAUGGGUUAGCCUGCAAAAUGUAAUGCCUUUGGAAACUAAAGAUGAUGAUGAAUAGCACAUUUUCCACAAUGCUUCAUUUGCUGUGACUUUCAGGUCAAAUAGUCCAAGAACCUACGACAAAUGGUCCAUUAUUCAUAAGAAUGGUUCUUCAUCACGUCAUUCCACACUAUUCACUUGGUACUUUUCAUGUUUCGAGAGUAUUUUCUUCCCUGAAAGCCUUCAAGAAGUCAAGCAUCUUAGAGAGAUGAUGUUCUCCUCAUAGUAAAAUCGAUGACGAGAAUCCCAGUGAACGCCAUAUUUGCUCCCAAAUAUUGUGGAGGAUGAGGAUGAAUCAAUGUGCAUCACAAUCUCUUUGGUCCCUUUUUCCUUGGGAUCAUUCAAGUAAAUCGAAGCAGGAAAGCCACAUGAGUGAGAUAUCAGCACAUUUCCAUUGGGAAGUAUUCCGUGAGCCAGGAAAGGCGAUCUCCGAGAUGGAAGGGCGAAUUCUUUUUCCUCACCCCACACAGUUUCACCACCCUCCUCCCCAGGAUUUCUCCAGUUUCUAAACAGGAAAGAAGAACCCUUUUUCAAACUAGACACGACCGCCAUGGGCCCGAAAAUUGGCCGAUAAGUUUUGCGAUACCUCUGAGUUCCUGUCUCAGGUUUUGGAAACGGAAUGAUAUGAAACUUCUCCUCAGCAAUAUCAAAGACCAGGAUGCUGUCAUCAUCGUCUUCUUCUGUGUAUACAUUCCAGUAAAACACGCCGUCAUCGUCAGGCCACCGACUUGAACGUUGUGUCCAUCCAUUAGUACACUGACCUAGAUCGACAUCUCUCCAGGCCGUAUUUGUCCCGAUAAUUCAGAAUCUCGCACUUUGUACCAUCAUACAACCCGUAUUCCCUGUCUUCACAAAAGUUUAACAACUUGUACUGAUUCAGGACGGGAUCAAAACCGAGAUGGUAAUUUCCAUGACCCCGAUCAUCUUCGUACGAAGAAUCAGGGAGCCUCAGGCUUUCCCUGGUGGCAAUGUUGUAGAGCCACGAGAGUUUUCCGCUGUAAAAACAAACCAGGCCUUUCACUACAUUGGUGGCCCACCUUCUUUCUCCCUUGUAGCUUCUCACUGAAACAGGGCCGCCAGGGUGGUUGUGGCGGUGAUCCACGGUGGAGUAGUGACGAAUCUGAGUACUAGUGGGGCUGUCCUGAUGAUCAGUAUUAAGAUCAAGAGGGAUAAAAUAUAAAAAUGACAUCUUGGAGGAGAUCCCUCUCCGGGGCUCACAGUGUAAAAGGCCUCGGGUACCGCCGCGAUAAGUUUUCGCAAAGGAUGGAUCGGUGAUUACUGAAAGCCGAGUCGUGAAGAUGCACUUGAAUCACAUCAGAGAUUUUACAGGAAGCCAUGCCAGAAUUUCGGGAUACAAAUCGUGAGGUAUAAAAGGAAGAGCCAUUAACGAUCUCAAAAACCGAUUGAGAGAGUUAGGACCGCUUUAUUAAGCUCGUGACAUACAGAGA